UACACUCAAACAACCUCACAGUCUUGCUCACAAUCUCACAGUCCUCCAGUCAAGCUGCAGGAAGACAGGUACCAUGGCUUGGGUUUAUCUUUCAACACCACCCUCUGCAACAGAACUUUUUAAAACGCAUUGAGAGAUCUCCAAGGAAGUUUUAUUUUUUGAAACCUGAAAUUAAAAUUUAAGUGAUUGUUUCAUCAAGAUGAGCAUCAAAAGGCAAAAGUCUGGGCUGGUCAUCAGCUGGAGGAAGUUAUUCUCUAUCCUGGCUCCUUGGAGGAAGGUACUUGAAUGUGAGAAGAAUGUCACUGGACAAACUGGUCAGAACAUCACUCUGCCCUGUAAAUAUGACAUAAAAAUCAACGGACCUACAAAUGUGUGCUGGGGUCGAGGUCCUCUUCCUCUUCUCGACUGCAGCAACCAGCUCCUCACCACAGACGGACAUAAAGUGAUCAAAGAAAGCAGAGCUUCCAGCAGGUAUCAGCUGCAGGGUCGACUGGAUGAAGGAGACGUUUCUCUGACCAUCAUGAACGUCACAGAGGAAGAUGCUGGACUGUACGGAUGCAGAGUGGAGAUUGUUGGACUAUUCAAUGAUGAGAAACAUCCUGUCCACUUAACUGUUAACAGAGCACCACGUUUGAUCUCUACACCUUCAUCAGGAACAACAUCUUCAUCAUCAGACAUUCAUCAGACCACAGCAGCCACUCUAACUUCAGUUCCUUGUCCUGCAGGUCACAUGACCUCAACAGACAACAACCGGACUGCUUCAGCCUUGGAGGACUCAGAUAAGGGUGUCACCUUGGUGGUUCUGGCGUCGGUCGUGUUCAUGCUGCUGGUUCUGGUCACAGCAGGCAUCCUCAUCAUCAUGGACAGAAGAUGGAAGAAGCAGAAAGUGCCGAGCCUCCCCCCGCAGAUGAAACGCCCCACUCAGGUGGAAGAGAACAUCUACCACAUUGAUGCGAAGGACGAUGGAGACUACGAGACGUGUCCCUGAACGGGAAUCUGGGGGGCGUUCUCUUCUUCUAUGUCAAAAGCCCACAGUGCGUGGUGUAGCGUAAAAAAGGAUGAUUGAGAAGAAACGAACUGCAACCAAACAAGUGUAUGAGUCAGAAAUUGACUGACUUCAUGGGGUUCAGGCUUCUGUGUCGUCCAUUCAUUUCUGAAAACGGACACUUGGUAAGGCAUCAUCCCUUACUUAUUCUGUAUUUUGGCCAAAAGAAAUCAAGCCUGUCGGUUUCUAGGACAUAGUUUCAGCAGAGCGGCAGGAGUUCAUCAGAAAUUCACCUCCAAGUUGUGCAGAAGUAAGCCUCCGCUUGUUUCCCAUGAUCCCUUUGUUUUUAAACUCUCCCGCUAGCUUAUAGCCCCUAAUUACCCCAACCUAAAUACCAGUGCAACAAAAAAGUGAGCAAUUUUGGAGCUGUGUAAUGAUACACCAGAUUGUCAUCUCACUGAUUACCAGCCUUUCACAUUUUAUGAUGCUUUUUAAGGUUUUCAUACUUUGAGUACCGUAAUUCCCAGACUAUAAGCCACUACUUUACUACUGAGGCGCGCGCUUUUCAGUCGCCGCAGCUUUAUUUUACUUGUGUUUUUUUUUUAACCAGCCCUGUUAGUACCAUAAUGCUGCCGCGACACAAGCGGAAGGAGAGCUGUUCCUUUUCACCCCUCCAUGCACAGCUGCUACUUGCUCAUUCUUAAACACGUACAACAGUGUGACGAGCUGGGCGUUGGCCCCACCUUUAGCCCCUAAGACUCAUGGGAAAUGGGGGAUCGUGGAUGUAAAUUUCCUCAUCAUAACUGAGGGAUGUAAUGUUGAUUAUAUGGUUACUGUUUGUAA